CAUGGCUGCUGCCUGUGCUCCUCCUCUAGUCGUUCCCAUGCACUAUGUUCCAUCAUUCAAAGUGGAUGUCAGAUUACAUGAGCCACUUACAGGAGGGGAAGCAAGUCCAACAGACAUUGAGAUUGAGAUGAUGUCUCUCUGUUCACAGUUAGACGUGCUGUGCAAGAAGGAACUCCGAGAUCAACAUGGAAAAAAGUCAGAGCUGGGAAAAGUUAGCAGUGAAUUCACCGACAAAGCUACAGUUGUCCAUGACCGAAUGAAGCAACUUCUCCUGAGACAGAAGCAGGAUAUGAGUCUUGGACAAUACAUUGUAUGGCGAGGUUUAGACCGGGUAUUCCCAAGGGCAGCAACUUUUCUCUCCAGACCUGAUGGCCUUAAUCUGUUGGAUAAGAAAACUGGUUUAGAUGGUUACUAUCAGGACCUUGCCUGUAUGAAUCAGCUGCUUUCUCUUUCCAUGCAAAUUAAUUCCGACUUACACAAUUUACAAGACCAUAAAUACAUUGCCCACCAGCUGGCCAUUCUAUAUCAAUCAGUGACCUCAUUAGAUGCAGCCUGUAUGGAGACUUUUAAGAAAAGCAUAGAGGAUAAUUUCAAGGUAGUGAAAGCAUCCCUAGCUGACGAUGGGGAGAGUGGCAGACAGCUGAGUAACGAACACAAACAAUGGUUGAUAAAUUUGACAUGUAGUAUUGUACAGAUGUUGACCUCAUUCCCAGCUGAACUCACACAGGAGAUGGUCCAGCCUGUUCUAGCUCUGCACCAGACAUGAAUCAUUCCAACUUUUACUCAUCAUCACCAUUUCUGUAAAUUAUGAUGCCAUUGUUUAAGUUAUUAUUUCAUAAGCUAAAUUUUUCAUUUCGAAUAGUAAGGAAUAAUUCACAGUACAUCCAGCUGUCAUUAUUCAUUUUGAAAACAGGUAUCAUGACAAACCUUGUGUUGAUAUCAUGUGUAGACCCUGUUAUUGUCACAUACAGUACCCCUGUUAUUAUCACAUACAGCACUCCUGUUAUUGUCACAACACACUUGUUAUUGCCAUAUGAAGAACACCUCUUCUUGUGAAGAAAAAAUAUUGAAAUAUUGAAGUUUCUGUUAACCUGAUAGAUCUUAUAUUUUUUUUUGAACUUUUUUGACAAUAUUCAUGAAAAGACUACCAAAACCUGUUAAUGUCAUGUUGAGGACCUUAUUUAUUGUCAAAAUCUCCUGUUAUAUCAUGUUUUGUUUAUUGUGGUACAUGUGUAUGAUUUCGGUGGUUAUCUAGAAGCCCUGUACUGUCAUAUCAUACCAUGUUGUUUACUAUAUGGAACUUUAAUUUUACAUCUUUUGCUAAUUAUGUUUUUGUUGUGUGAUAUUCUGCUGGGAAUGUAUUACUGCUUUCAUUAGUUUAUUAAUAUUCUACAUUACUAAUGUAUCCAUGUAGUUCACAGACUUGCUAAGAUUUUAACAGGUUAUGUAACAAUAUUGUUUGAUCAAAAGUUUUUAAUAUGGAAAUAAAUCUGUGCAAUAGGAAUACUGAUUGUCUGCCAUGAACUUUGUUUUAGCAUAUAAAAGAUACCCAUGAUCAUUUGCUAUCAUGUGAGAAAAUCCCUCAGUGACUUGUCAUAGUAAAAUCCCCUCAAUGAUUUGGUACGGUAAAAUCACCUGGAUGAUUUACUGUUAUAGCAUCCCCUGGAUGAUUUAUUAUUGUAAAUCCCCUGGGUGAUUUGGUAUGGUAAAAUCCCCUGGGUGGUUUGGUAUGGUAAAAUCCCCUGGGUGAUUUGGUAUGGUAAAAUCCCCUCAAUGAUAUGGUAUGGUAAAAUUCCCACAAUGAUUUGGCAUAGUAAAAUGCCCUCAAUGAUUUGGUAUGGUAAAAUGCCCUCAAUGAUUUGGUAGGGUAAAAUCCCCACAAUGAUUUGGUAUGGUAAAAUGCCCUCAAUGAUUUGGUAUGGUAAAAUGCCCUCAAUGAUUUGGUAUGGUAAAAUCCCCACAAUGAUUUGGUAUGGUAAAAUCCCCACAAUGAUUUGGUAUGGUAAAAUGCCCACAAUGAUUUGGUAUGGUAAAAUGCCCUCAAUGAUUUGGUAUGGUAAAAUCCCUGUGAUGAUUUGCUAUUAUUGUUCGGUCAUCAUAUUUAUGUUCUUUGGUCUAAAUUUAGGUACUUGUUAUUUUUGUAUUAUAAUCAAAGUCACUUAUCUUGUAAUGUAGGCCAUUUAUCUCUUAACAAAGGACAGUUAUCUUGUGAUGAAGGACAUUAUCAUGUAAUUGAAGACGUUAAAUCAUAAUAGAGGACAAUAUCUCAUAAUUGAAGACUUGUAUCUCAUAACUGAGGAUGUGUAUCUCAUAAUUGAGGACAAAAUUUCUCAUAAUUGAGGAUGUGUUUCUCAUAAUCAAGAAUCAUCAGAGCAAAACUACUUUUCAAUAUUGGUUUAUCAGUGUUGCAGGUGCUAUCCAGAUGUUUUUUGUGUGUUCAUUGAAUAUGAUUUAAUUAGUGUUUGGUUAGAAUUCUGAGUAUAAUGGUUUUUUUUUUCUAAGUUUGAUAGUAAUAAGAACAGUAUUAAUUAUUAUAGACAAGUUUGAUUUUACAUCAUUGGUUAACUAGGAGAAUAAACGGUAACAAUUUUUUUGUACAAAUUCAAUAGUUUAUAUCAGCAAACAUUGAUGCCGUAGCACUACUAUUGUGACAAACGUAAAGGAUACAUUAAAAUGAUAGGGUGUUUAUUCACUGUGAGGUAUACCCAAAGUGCUAGGAAAUAUAUUAUGUUUUUACUGCAGAAUCUGAAUUUUAUUUGUAAGAAAGUCAUUGAAAUCAAUUAAGCUGUGGAUAUUUAAUUAAAGCAAAACUAGAUACCAGUAAUUGAGUGUCUGUUGUGGCACUUUUUUAAAAAAAGUGUCAAACUUGAGUGAAAACUCUGAAUUCAGUGUUAUUUAUAGGAGUUGAUAUGUACUUAAGAUUUCUUUAUAUACUUUCACUUCAAAAGUGACAAAUUAUGAAUUCCAUUUAAACCAAAUUUCAGGAUUCUGAAAUCCCAUAAGUGAAGGGUAGUUAGGUAUUUUGUGAUCCUUACAGAUUCCACUGAAUGAUUGUGUAAUUGUAAGAGAGCUCAGAUGUGAGAUGUACAAUCAUGAUAAUAGAAAAAAAAUUGUUUAAUAUAAAAAAACCAAGAGAGGAAGAUGAAAUUGUGAGUGUGGUAAAAUCUUUAUCGUGAGAAGAGAUUUUCUGAUAAAGAAAUGUGAUUCUUAUAUUGAUAACAGAUAACUUUUUAAAACAUGUUUUAAAAUCAUAUUAGGACCAAUAGAGGUUUUGUAGACACAAGUAAAAAACUUCUUACAAAACAGUAAUGCUUACACAUCCCUGUGUACUCAUUUGGUCUAUUUAUCAAACCUAUAGUAUAUGUAACUUUUCUUGUACUCUACAAUAAAUUUAGUCAGUUUGCUUUUAUUGGAAAACUUGAGAUGUUUCAUUAAUCAUAUCCUUCACUUAUAGAUGUUUAUUAUUAAUACAUACAAUGUACAUGUUACCAUUGGGAUGCUUGUGGUUUUUGUACAUUUGGGCAAAGAUAAAGGAAGACAAUUUUGUUAGUGGUAUAAUUGUACUGGGUAUUAUUUCAGUUUUUGAAAAUGAUUAAAAUGAA